GCCUGAUUCACUUAAGAUAACCAUGGCCCGCAAAUAUUUGUAAAAUAGACUCCGUGCUUGGACCGAUUCGUUCCAUGUAUCACUUCGCAAAAUAAAAAACAGACAGACUAAUGGAGGGUAUCUAACAGACUUGUUUACAGCGACGAUCGACCUUACAAAUAGUUAUUGGAAUCAUAACCAGAGACUGCAUUCUCUCAGUUUAAGCAUCAAUGUCGCUUUUAAAUCAACUUUUUAACAGAGGCGUCUUUGGUGCGAAAUGCAAAACAUGCUUGACAUUGUCAAUCUCACGCAUCAAAUUGCUACAAAACAAAAGAGAUUUGCAGCUCAAACAUAUGCGCAAGGAAAUAGCACAAUUUUUGCAGGCUGGCCAAGAAGGAAUCGCUCGAAUUCGGGUGGAGCAUGUGAUACGCGAACAAAAUCUGUGGGCUGCUUAUGAGAUAUUGGAGCUGUUUUGUGAGUUUGUUCUUGCUCGUGUUCCAAUUCUUGAAAGUCAGAAAGAAUGUCCAGCUGAAUUACGAGAGGCUGUUGCAAGCAUAAUUUUUGCUGCUCCAAGAUGUUCAGAAGUGCCAGAUUUAUUGCAGAUCCAGAAUUUGUUAUCUGCAAAAUAUGGGAAGGAAUUUGUCAUGGCAGCUUCUGAGCUUCGUCCCGACUCUAGUGUCAACCGUGCAAUUAUUGAAAAGCUUUCAAUUAGUGCUCCGUCAGCAGAGGCAAGGAUUAAGGUUUUGAAGGAAAUUGCACAAGAAUAUAGCUUGGACUGGGAUUCUUCUAGCACAGAAGCCGAGCUUGGUAAAAAGCAUGAAGAUCUUCUGGGUGGAUCAAAGCAAGUUGUGGCUGAAGCUGCACUUUCUCAAGCUCCCAUGAAACGAAGCUCUCCUAAAACUCCACCUACCAAUGGGACAAGUCCUAUUAUAAAUACAGAGAGCAGACAAGGAUCUCAAUAUCUUCAGGCUCCUAGCCCAAUGAUUAAUACACCGUCAGUGGAUACUAGUGAAACUAAAUCAUCAAUCAAGAACGACACUACAAUACCAUCUCCGGAUGCUAAAAGGGGGACAACAUCAGGGUCUUCUGAUGUCUUGGAGAUUGCUCGAGCUGCCAUUGCCUCUGCAGAGCGUGCAACCGCAGUUGCCCGGGCUGCUGCUGAACUAGUAAAUGUUAACUUUGGUUCGCUGAAGCUAGAAGAAGGGAAAUCAUCAUAAUGCUUGAAUUAUUCUUGUGAUGCAACUCAAGAUCACAGAAGGAAUUAAUCAUUUGGAAAAAUUGGAACUAAAAGGAAGAAAUGUACAUUACAUGAAAUACUGUUGAAUCAAAUUGUAAAAUUAUCAAAGAGGAUAUUAUAUGUUUUAUGUACUUUUGCAAGCUCUUACCCAAAAGGCCGAGAAGUCCCAGCAUUGUGUAUAUUCUCGUAGGUUGUGGCCAUAAAUAUUUUCUCUUGGUUAAGGGUUGAAAAUAUGGAAUGCUUGCUUACACCUGGUGUUGGCUGCUACCACCAAGCCAAUACCAAUAAUGAAUUGUCAUUUGGAAAAA